GAUAUGAAAUUAGUUUUAAUUCCUUUUUAUUUACUUACCUUCUAAUGAAGAUUCAAUAUUCAUUAUGUAUGUAAUUCUUAUUAAAAUGAUAACAUAAAUGUCAAUAUUCUAUAAAAUAAGAUCAUACCCAUGAAGAAAUAUGGAUGGAUAUUAUAAUGGUAUAAUGUUUUUAGUAUAACAUCAUAUCUCAUGAGUUGUGCUGUAGAUAUUUAUGAUUCUGGACCACAUUUCAAAUGGAUUACUCGUAAUAAUGUUGAUAUGAAUAGAGAAAACAGUCGUCAUAUAAAUAAUGAUAGUAUAAGUUAUAAUCAAUUUAUGGAUUCAAUGCGGUUUACAAUUCAAGAUCUUGUUCAACAAGAAAGUUGUAUUGGUUCAUCAAAUUAUCCAGUUGAUAAACCAUCACGUCUUGUUCAAAUUGAAUGUCGUAAACCAGGAUGUCGUUGUGUACUUAAAAAUGAACGUGCUCUAGCUAUGAAAAUUGUUCCUGGUAUAACAUUAGUUCAAGCUGAAUGGUUAUUACCAAAUUCUGUUGUUUCAAGUAGUGAAAAAUCACGAUUGAAUCAUACUUCUCAACAUACUGUAAAUAAUACAUCUAAUAAUAAGAUUGCUUACAACCAGAGUUUACCAAACUUUAAUCAAAUUAAAUCAUCUUGUCCACAUUCUGUUGUUCUUACUUCCUGUUGUCCAUCUUGGUUCGAAUUAGUACGAAGAAAUGUUAUUGGACCAUCUGAUAAUGGACCUCAAAUUUGUCCAGAAGUUCCUGUUUGGUCAAGUUGUAAAGCGGUUUGGCGAGCCAAACCAAAAUUUAUUUUAUUAAGAAAAGAUACUCAGUGUUUAUUCGCAACUAAUACUCAGUCACUUACCAUGAGUUCAACUGAACUACUUAAAAAGGAUGAUCGUUCCACUAUAACAUUAGAUGCAGAUAAUAUUGGUAUUCUUCGACCUGGAACUGUAUUACAACUAAUUGAUUGUCGACUGUGUCGUCUUGUACACAAAGAAGAUCAAAUUUCUUAUCGGCUUUCUGCGCGUCAUCGUUCAAAACCUGUUUCUAUGCUUCAAUGUGCAGUUGUUGGUGGUAAAGCAUUAGCUGCUUUAGCUUCAUCAAUUACAAAUUUAUCUUCCCAAGAUGCAUUGAACUGGUUCAGUACUGGUCCUCGUUUAGUUUAUUUAUCUUUAGCUUCGAAAUCGAUAAUGUGCAGUCCCGUGAAAACAACAUCCACAGUUAGCGUAAAUAAUAAUUAUGGUAAUCAUAUUAAGAAUUCUAGUCAAAUUAAAUUAUCAGGCAAUGAAACAGAUUACGGCAUUUUCGAUAAUGGAGUUCAUAGUAUCUUAUCGUUACUGAGCACUUAUCGACUCCCUUUAAUUACACGUCCUGUAGUUGGAUUACGUUCAAGUGAAUGGUUCUUCAUGGGAAAAUGUACAAAUCACUCGUUAAUAUCAAAUCCAGACUCUGUCAAUAUGCAUUCAUUAUUACAGAUAUUCUCAUGUCAUCAUGGGGACCUUAUAUUUCUAGAACCUUUAUCCGAUUGCACUAAAUCUGUUUAUCAGAAUGAAUCAUCAAAUGAAACAAUUAAAAGUCGAUUUUUUGUAGUUACCACUGAUAUGUUAUUACAUCAUAAUUUCUUAGUUGCAGACUCACAAACAUGUCAAGCAUAUCAACAACAACUUGAAAUACAUGCAUUUAGAGUAUCACACUUUCUAGCUGCAUGUCAUCCUGUUCAAGGUUUAACAUAUAUUUUAAAACAUUUAGAAGAUAUUACACAUUCAUCAAAUACUGGACCAUCAUAUAUUCCAUUGACUAGAACACUUGGACCAAUUACUAAUCGUUUCAAUACUAUUGCUAUUCAAUCGGCUAUUUCAAGUAUAGCUGCAAUUGCUUCUUUAACUAUGCAUGAAGAAUCUAAUGAUAUACCAAAUGAUCCAUAUCAGUUGAAUGAAAUUCAACCGAAAAUAUUAAAUUAUUUAACAUUACAUAAUAAUAAUAAUAAUACUGUCUCUACUACCACUACAACUACUACUAAUUAUCAUAAUAGUAGUAAUUAUAAUUCCAUGCAUACAUCAUCAAUCGAUAUUAAUGAUUCUUAUCAUUCCGCUAAUUGUUUAAUCAAUACUACUAAUUUACAUACUCAAUCUAGUUUAUCAUCAUCAUUAUUUGCUAGUGAAGUUGAUGAAAUGAAUGCAUUAUGCGAUGAAAUUGAAGAUAUUUAUUUUUAUGUACGUAAUGGACAUUUUCCAAUGCAAUCUCAUUCAUUAUCUUCUUUAGUACAUCAUAAUCAACCUCAUCAUUAUCAUCGUCAUCAUUAUGAAAAGAGUAAUACAUAUUUGAAUAAUAAUUCAUCAGCGCCAAUAUCUCCACGUUUAAAUAAAUUAAUGCCUAGUACUAAUAUAACUAAUCAAUAUAUAUCCAAUAAAAUAAUCAAUAAUCAAUCAUUAAUCAAUGAACAUACCAUAGAAACUAAUAAUACAAUGGAAACUAAUAAAAAAUAUUAUAAAAAUUUAGAGGAUAAUUAUUAUCAAUUAAGUAAUAUUCCAGUGAAAAUUACUAGUAAAGCACCAGUUUUAUUGAUUCGUCCUAAACCAUGUCAUGAUUAUCAUCAUCAUCAUCACCAAAUAGAUGAGAAUGAAAGAAAGGGGAUUACUCAAUUAACUAAUACAACUAAUCAACAAAAUAAUUGUCAUACUACUACUACUACUACUACUACUACUACUACUACUACUACUACCAAUACUUCUACUACUACUACCACUACUACUGAUAAUAAUAAUAAUAAUAAUAAUAAUAAUAAUAAUAAUAAUAAUAAUAAUCAAAAGUCAAGUUAUUUCAAUGUAUAUGAUAUGAGUUAUGGUAAUUAUUCAUUUGUUGAAACACCCAUUACAACGAAAUCAUGUCAUCAAUCCAUUCAAUCAUUAUCAUCCACUAUAAAUGAUCAUAUAAUUAAACCUAGUCAAAUUGUAGAUAGUAAACCACAUGUCUUGUCAUAUACUUUUACCCCAAUUACUACUAUUAAUAAUAAUGAUAAUGAUAAUAAUAAUAGUAGUACUUGUCGAAAUGGUAGUUCAAUGGCAUUUACUCCUUUGUUAUAUUCUUCCACUUCUUGUAAUAAUCCUAUUAAUGAAAGUUUCCCUCAUUCUACAACAACAUAUGAACGUGGACGUGUUAGUUUGACUGUACCAUCAUUGUUACAAGCGAAUACAACGAUAACAACUGGAUAUUAUUCCACUCAAAAUAUUACGAAAUUGAAUAGUGAUAAUAAUAAUAAUAAUGCUAUUUCAUGUACAUAUUUAGUUAGUCAAUCUGUUCAACAACCAUCAUAUUCUGGUAUGUUUUCAUCUUAUUGUUCAUAUCGACCUGGAUUAACAACAACAUCUUGUUCUAAUAUGAUGAAUCGUUCAUCGAAGCCAUUGUUUAUGACAUCAGCAUUGAAUAUGUCAUCAUCUAAACAUAAUUGUAUAUAUGAUAGAAAUGAUAAUAAAAUAGAAGAAUGUAUUUAUGAUGAACCAAAGGAAGAAUAUUAUUCAAUAUCAACACCAUUGAAACAACAACAAUACAAGACUACUUGUAGUAAUAAUAAUAAUAAUAAUAUGAAUACAGAUGUAUUAAAUAAUUCAACAUAUGAUUAUGGAUAUAAUUUGUCUUCAUCGAAUCAUCAUAGUAAACGUCAUCUUAGUUUAUCCUCAUCUCACAUUCAUCCGUCUAUCAGUCGUUCAAUGCAUGAAAGUAAUAACUCUUUGGGAAAUGUUUGGACGUCCUCGUUUUCUGUCAAUAAUAAUAAUAAUAACAAUAAAACCAGUGUUUCCACUACUACGAAUAUCAGUAAAAGUAGUACUACCUUCCAGUCGAUUAGUAGUAUGUUCAACGACAAAAUGACUACUGCAGUCAAUUGUAUACAAAUUAUUCCCUCAAUGAGUAUUCCAUCAAAUGUUAUUCCUCAUUCAACGAUCACUAGUGCUACUACUACAACUACUAUUAGUAAAAAUAAUAACAAUGUAGGUUAUUAUUUCACAUCACAAGAUCAACCUUCUUCUAUGACAGCAAGUUUUCGUCAUCAAUCUGCACAGAAUUCCUCCUCAUCAAUACAACCACCACCACCUAUGCCACUGUUAUACCCGUCACCAGUAACAACGAGUCACACAUCUCGACUGUAUCAGUCCACUAUAAUAUCUCCACCUAUUGACAGGAAACAAAUCACUGCACGACCAUCGUAUAAACAUGUGACUUCAACUACAAAUUUAGAUUUCGGUAUGCAUCAUAAUCAUUCAACAAUUCCUUCACCAUUAUCCACUAUGUUGUUAUUACAGUCGCCUAAACUUAAACGUACUGAAUUAACUAAUUCAUCACCAGACACAGGGAUCGGUAUAGAAAGUACAUAUGAUCAGCAAACUACUCCUUGUACAGGUGGAUCUUUUAUGCCUUUAAAUGCAUAUCAUCAUUCAUUGUCUUCAUCAAAUAUGGCUGUUUGGUUACCAUCUGAACAACAUUGUCAACAGUGUAAUCGAGAAGAUUCUAUUACUAAACCUUCUACAAUUAAUAAUCGCAAUAUCAAUUAUCAUAGUAGUCCACAUAAACAUUUCACUUCAUGCAAAUUAACAACUUUUCCUGUACAAAACAAUCAUUUGAUGAAUUCCACUAUGAAUAUUAUCAAUACUACUAAUAAUCAUAAUAGUAAUAGAAAUCAACAAUAUGCUUAUCAAUUUUAAAUGAAUCACAACUAGUAAGCUCAGUCAUUUGUCUUCCGAAUAGGAUUUAUUCAAUAUCUUUAUAUAUUGAUGGAUAACCUUAUUAGAUGUAGAAUAUAUAUAUAUUUGUAUAUGUUAAUUUCCGGUUUGUUGGCAUACCUUCCUUCAUUUCAGUACUCUAAGAAACAUGUAUACAUACACAUAUACAUAAUCCAUACAGAUAUCAGGUGUUUGUAUAGUCUUUUGUUCUGUUUAUUUCAAGACAGUUCCUUUUUUUUCCACACACACUCAUUCUAUUUGAGUAGUACGCUUAUUUUAUCAAUGUGCUUCUUUAACCCUCUAUCCACCCCUCUCACUUAGUAUUGCCUUUAUUUCAUCAAUUUUAUUGCUAAGCUUACAAUUUAGUUACCAUGUCACUAUCAAUAGUAAACAUUAUUUAUUGCUAAUUACUAAAAAAAAAACACAACUAUACUAACAUCAAUGGCAUAGCCUUAUGAUAAGCCAUUGCAUAUCUUUCUACCUUAUAGUCUUAUCGUUUCAUUAUGAUCCUUAUGGUUAAAAUACCAGCAAAUUUUUGAUCGACUAAUGAAGAUUCAGAUCACUUUUUUUCAUAAAAAAAAACCUUGUUCAUAUGUAUAAACAUAAGAGAUAUACAUACGUACAUAUACGGGUGUACACGUGCACGAGAGUAAAGGGACACAAAGCAUACAUACAUACAUUUUUACCAUGAAUUUAGUUGCCUUGUAUUUAUUUCCACCUAUUAUUCCAUAUAGAUAUUUGACAGCUAUGAUCACUAUUGACAAAAGGAAUAGUAGUGUAAUGAAUGCUUUUGUUGCCUUGUUUCUUCUCAUUUUUGAUCUUCGUUCCCUUUUUUGUUUUGUUUUUUGUUAUUGUCCUUACUUUGUGUGUGUGUGUGUGUGUGUGUGUGUGAAAGAGAGAGAGAGACGGCCAAUAUUACAAAUGGAAGUAAUAUUGAAGAUAUAUAUUUUUAAGAAAUAUAUUUAUGCUUAUAAAAUA